AUGUCGAACACUAUUUCUGCCAUGCGGUCGUGGUGGUGGUGGUGGGUUGCAGAGGACCAGAAACACGAUGGUUCAAGAGCAACUCUCACUGCUUUUGUCUCUAUAUUUGCAGUGUUCUGGUUCCUACGGGCAAUCAUGAAAUCGACAAAAGUUGUCCCUCCCCUGCCACCAGGCCCCCGUGGCUUGCCACUAGUCGGCUACCUCCCCUUUCUAGGUACAGAGCUCCAUAGGAAAUUUGAGGAACUGGCAAUUUCCUAUGGCCCCAUCUACAAGCUUUGGCUUGGGCAAAAAUUGUGCGUAGUGGUUAGCUCACCAUCGCUGGUGAAAGAGGUGGUUCGUGACCAGGACAGAGUGUUUGCCAACCGCGACCCGCCCAUAGCCGGCCUGGCUGCCUCAUAUGGGGGAGGUGAUAUUGCGUUUGCACCAUAUGGGGAUGAUUGGAAGAAGUUGCGCAAGAUAUUUGUACGGGAGAUGCUAAGUGGUGCAAAUCUUGAUGGCUCUCAAACUCUACUCAGAGAAGAGGUUAGAAAAUCUAUUAGAAAUGUGUAUGAGAAAAGUGGCAGCCCCAUCGAUCUUGGGGAAUUGGCAUUUUUGACUGUCAUCAACUCCACGAUUAACAUGUUGUGGGGUGGCACGCUGCGAGGGGAGGAAGGGGCAGCUGUUGGGGCUCAGUUUAAGAGUGUGUUGGCAGAGCAAAUGGUGCUGUUUGGGAAACCAAAUGUUUCUGACUUUUUCCCUCUGCUUGCGAGGUUUGAUUUGCAAGGGAUUGAGAGGCAAGCAAAGAGGAAUUCCCUGUGGCUUGAAAGCAUUAUUGAUUCUGUCAUUGAAAAACGGAUGAAUAUGGCUAAGGAAGAGAAAGAAGGGGUAGAAGAAAGGAAGGACUUCUUGCAAAUUCUCUUGGAGAUAAGGGAUCAUCAAGUUGACGCUGCAAAAUCAAUAAGCAUGAACCAACUCAAGGCCUUGCUUCUGGACGUAGUGGUGGGUGGAUCGGACACCACAACAACCAUGGUGGAAUGGGUGAUGGCGGAGCUGCUGCAAUGUCCGGCGGCAAUGAGAAAAGUGAAUGAAGAAUUAACAGAUAUUGUGGGGGUGGAUAGCUUAGUAGAAGACACCCAUUUGCCCAAAUUACACUAUCUAGAUGCUGUCAUCAAAGAGGCUCUCCGUUUGCACCCAGCCCUCCCUUUCCUAGUACCCCGUUGUCCAGGCCAAUCUAGCACCAUUGGAGGGUACUGGGUACCCAAAGGAACUAGGGUAUUCCUAAAUGUUUGGGGUAUACAUAGGGACCCAAAGAUUUGGAAAAAUCCCUUGGAAUUUCAACCGGAAAGGUUCCUGAGUGAUCAAAGCAAACUGGAUUACUCGGGAAACAAUUUUAAUUAUUUUCCGUUUGGAUCCGGGAGAAGAAUAUGCGCAGGGAUUCCACUAGCAGAAAGGUCUCUAUUGUACGUGCUAGCUUCGUUUUUGCACUCGUAUGAGUGGAAGUUGCCACAUGGCACCGAGCUUAAUCUUGCAGACAAAUUCGGUAUUGUUACUAAGAAAGCAAAUCCAACGCUUGCAAUUCCAACACCAAGGUUGUCUAAACCUGAGCUCUACACACAAUAA